AUGGGUGUGGAUACUUCGCCUUUCCGCUGCGGCAGCCAGCUGCGGGCCAUGCUGCACGACUCGAUGACUUCUGCGGGUUUGUUUGUGCUGGGGAGUGUGGCAGCAGCAGCAGGAGUGUGCGCGUGCUUCCCGGGGAGUGCUGCUGCGGCUGCAGCAGCGUGCUGCAGCAGCGCAGCAGCAGCAGCAGCAGCAGCAGCAGCAGCACUGCUGUGGACCUGGGCCUUCUGCAGACUCGCCGAGGGCUACCGCCUUCCCCCCUCUUUGAGCCCGCGAGACCUUCGCCCGCGGCUGUUCGUGCUGGUGGAGGCCGCAGUGUCUUUGCUGUGCGGCCAGCAGCAGCAGCAGCAGCAGCAGCAGCAGCAGCAGCAGCAGCACAUGCGGGGCAAGGUCUGCGCAGUCACUGGCUGCAACUCCGGGAUCGGGGAGGAGAUCGCGCUGCAGCUUGCUGCUUGGGGGGCUCGUGUUGCGCUGCUGUGCCGCAACGAGGCGGAGGGCAAGGCCUUGGCCCGCCGCAUUCACAUCCAGCAGCAGCAGCAGCAGCAGCAGCAGCAGCAGCAGCAGCAGCAGCAGCAGCAGCAGCAGCAGGGGGACCCUGGGGAGUGCGGCGCCGCGUGCCGGGAGGGCUGCAUCGCGCGCUUCAUAAAGGCGGACCUCUGCAGCCUGGAGUCGCUGCGGGAAGCUGCUGCUGCAGUGGCCGCCUUCUGCAGCAGCAGCAGCAGCAGCAGCAGCAGCAGCAGCGGGAGGCUGGACGUGCUGGUGCACAACGCGGGCGUGCUGCUGACGCAGCAGCUGCUGCUGACCCAAGAAGGAAUAGAAAAAAUGUUCUACACUCAUGUUGUGGGGCCCUACAGUCUGACGCGGCUGCUGCAGUCGGGUGUACGUACACCCGGCAGCCGCGUCAUCUUCGUGUCUUCCCUCGCGCAGCACUCCGCGCCGCAGGCCUUCCACCCGCUGAACGCCAUGUGCAGCAGCCAGGCCUACGCUGCUGCUGCUGCUGCUGCUGCUGCUGUCCAGCAGCAGCAGCAGCAGCAGCAGGAAGCCAGCCGCGCCCCGCAGACGCCCUGGACGCCUGAGAACUACGACGGCCGGGAAGUCUACGCCUGCAGCAAGUUGGCGGAGACCUGGCUUGCUGCUGCGCUGCAGCGGGACCUCAACAGCAGCAGCAGCAGCAGCAGCAGCAGCAGCAGCAGCGGGGAGGGCGCUGCUGCUGCUGCGCCGCUGCUGGUGGUGAGCGUACACCCCGGCGUUGUCAACACGAAGCUGCCGAGACACCUGAAGGGCCGCAGCCUCCUGUGGCGGCUGCUUGUUGCUGCUGCCAGCAGCACUUUGAUGAAGACGCAGCAGCAAGGAGCAGCAACGCCGCUGCUGCUGGCAGCAGCAGCAGCAGCAGCAGCAGACCUCAGGGGCGGCAGCUACUACGCAGAGGGCGAGCUGGGCAUUGCAGACCCUCGAGCAGCAAAUCGACAAAUGCAAGACAUCACUCUUGCCAUUUGCAAAGCACUCACCAACUUAGCGGCCGUAGAGUCUGCUGCAGCAACUGCGGCUGCUGCUGCUCUCCGGCGUUUUCAAGCAGCACUAAUUGCUGCUGCAGCAGCUGCUGCAGCAGCUGCUGCAGCAGUUGCUGCUGCUCACAAACAGCACGAGCGGGAGUUGCAGGAGCUACUGCCGCUGCAGCUGCGUGAACAGCAACAACAGCAGCAGCAGCAGCAACUCCAGCUGCUGCUGCUGCUGCAGCAAGAGAUCUGGCGAGUGGUGCCAGAUUCUCCCCGUGCUAUUGCUGCUGCUGCUGCCUCUGCUACUGUAUCCGCUGCUGCUGCCUCUGCUGCUGCUGCUCCUGCUGCUGCCUCUGCUGCUGCUGCUGCGCCUCCUGCUGCUGCCUCUGGAAACUCUUUUGCUGCCUCUUCGCUGCCGCUGCUGCUCUCCUCUGGAAGCCCGAAGGUCGGUGAGGCAGUCCUUAGCCUUGAGGUCCCGCCUGAGCAGCAGCAGCAGCAGCAGCAGCAGCGGCAGCAGCAACAGCAACAGCAGCAGCAGAAACAACAGCAGUAA